UCCUCUUGAAAUUCAAGUGGCAUAUCCCAGCUAACUAACUCUCCAAAAAGGCAGCUGCAACAUUGCCAUAACUUCACCACCGAUAUCUAUCUCUCCGAGUUAAUUUCCCUGUUCUUUCCGGCCUGGGAAAAAAAUGGUGACCGUCAAUGAGGUUCGGAAGGGGCAACGGGCAGAGGGUCCUGCCACGAUCAUGGCCAUUGGAACAUCAACGCCUCCGAACUGUGUUGAUCAAAGCACUUACCCUGACUACUACUUUCGCAUCACAAACAGUGAGCAUAAGGCGGAACUUAAAGAAAAAUUCAAGCGCAUGUGCGAGAAGUCCAUGAUCAAGAAGCGAUACAUGUACUUGACCGAGGACAUCUUGAAGGAAAAUCCUAAUGUGUGCGCCUAUAUGGCACCUUCAUUGGAUGCCAGGCAAGAUAUGGUGGUGGUGGAGGUACCAAAGUUAGGCAAAGAAGCAGCUACCAAGGCCAUCAAGGAAUGGGGACAGUCCAAGUCCAAAAUAACUCAUCUAGUGUUUUGCACGACCAGUGGUGUGGACAUGCCCGGUGCUGACUAUCAACUCACAAAGCUUUUGGGCCUCCGUCCAUCAGUCAAACGUUUCAUGAUGUAUCAACAAGGUUGUUUCGCUGGUGGCACGGUGCUCCGCCUCGCUAAGGACCACGCCGAGAACAACAAAGGUGCUCGUGUGCUGGUUGUGUGCUCUGAAAUUACAGCCGUGACAUUUCGGGGCCCUAGCGAUACCCAUCUUGAUAGCCUUGUUGGUCAAGCCUUGUUCGGCGAUGGCGCUGCUGCUCUCAUAAUAGGCUCUGACCCAGUGGUAGGAGUCGAGAAGCCUUUAUUUGAGCUAGUCUCUGCAGCCCAAACUAUUCUACCCGACAGCGACGGGGCUAUAGAUGGACAUCUCCGUGAAGUCGGGCUUACAUUUCACCUCCUCAAGGAUGUUCCCGGGCUUAUUUCAAAGAACGUUGAGAAGAGCCUAACGGAGGCGUUCAAGCCUCUGGGCAUCUCGGACUGGAACUCCCUUUUCUGGAUAGCGCACCCUGGUGGACCAGCAAUUCUAGACCAGGUGGAGGCUAAGCUGGGGCUGAAACCCGAGAAACUGCGAGCCACUAGACACGUGCUGAGCGAGUAUGGAAACAUGUCGAGUGCAUGUGUGUUGUUUAUUCUGGAUGAGAUGAGAAAGAAAUCUGCUGAGGAUGGGCUUCAAUCUACUGGAGAAGGGCUGGAAUGGGGUGUGCUUUUUGGGUUUGGACCUGGGCUCACUGUUGAGACUGUGGUGCUCCACAGUGUGGCUACUAGAGUGUAGAAGCUGCGUCUGUUGCUUUACAUAGCCAGCCCCCACUUCCACGGGCUCUCUCUCUCUUUUUUUUUCAAUUUACUCUUGUUUCUUUUAAUUGUGCUCUCUUCCUCCACAGAAUAUGUCUCCUUUGAGAGCACUAGGGUAAGCCUCGAGCUGGUUGUGUUUCGAUUUGAGUACGUUUGUAAUAAACAGUGGCCCUAAACUCUAUGAGUAGUUAAUUAAUUACGGUGGAGAAUACUGUGUUC